AAUCCCGUAGAAGAAGAAGAAUCCCGUAGAAGAAGAGAGAAAAAACAGGAGAAGCAGCGGACGUGUGGACAGAAACAUAAUUUGAGAGCUGUUGUUUUCAUUAUGACUGUGGCCGUGAGUUCCACGUGUCCGGGUCUGUACUGUGGUCGGAUGCUGGUGAACGGUUCUGUGGAGGGAGAGUGUGGCGUUUGUCCUCGAGGAGAGCGAGCCAACAUCCAGAAGGUGUGUGAACGCUGCAUCGAGUCUCCUGAGCUCUAUGACUGGCUUUAUCUGGGCUUCAUGGCCAUGCUGCCUCUGGUUCUGCACUGGUUCUUCAUCGAGUGGUACUCUGGUAAGAAGAGCUCCAGCGCUGUGCUGCAGCAUGUGACGGCCAUGUUGGAAUGCAGCGUGUCGGCUGUGGUGACCCUGCUGCUUACAGACCCGGUGGGACAGUUCAGCAUCCGGUCCUGCCGGGUCCAGAUGCUGUCCGACUGGUACACCAUGUUGUACAACCCGAGUCCGGACUACAUCAACACGCUACACUGCACGCAGGAAGCCGUGUACCCGCUGUACACCAUCGUGUUGAUCUACUACGCUUUCUGCCUGGUGAUGAUGAUGAUGCUGCGUCCCCUGCUGGUGAAGAAGAUUGCGUGUGGUCUUGGGAAGUCUGACCGCUUCAGGAGCAUCUACGCCGCUCUGUACUUCUUUCCCAUCCUGACGGUGCUGCAGGCCAUCGGAGGCGGUUUGCUGUACUACGCCUUCCCCUACAUCAUUCUGGUCCUGUCACUGGUCACACUGGCCAUCUACAUGUCUGCCUCUGAGAUACAGUCUUUUAAGACUCUGUUUGCCAAGAAGAAGCGCUUGGUGGUCCUGCUCAGCCACUGGCUGCUGCAUGCGUACGGCAUCAUCUCCAUCUCGCUGCUGGACAAGCUGGAGGUGGCUCUGCCGCUGCUGGCCCUGGUUCCAGGACCCACCCUGUUCUACAUCGCCACGGCCAAGUUCACCGAGCCGAGCCGGAUCCUGGCUGAGGGCGGCAACGGACACUGAUCGGGAAUGUUUGGACAUUUUUGACCCAGAACUUUUGUUCAUGUCCUGUUUUGGAGGAUCAGAUUUCCUCUCAUGUUCAUUUUUUAUUUUAUAUUUAUGUUGUGAUCCAAGGAGGUUCUUUGAAAAAAAAUAAAGUCUUUCCUGUAUAAAAUAAAGUGAAGUAGCUCAGUAAGUACCGGUCACGUGAGGGUUACGGUUUUGGUUUGUUCUGCUCACCCAGCAGAGCAUUUAUGACUCUGACAGGGAAACUGUGAGCAAUGACUAUAAACUGAUCAUAAACCAUCUUGUAAGUCCAGAGGAUAGGUAACUACCUUUGACCUGGAACUUCUCAUUCUCACACAUAUGAAAGUAUGACGCUCCUGUUUGGGUUAUAUAAACAUGUAAAUAGUGCAUUUUAUGACCACCUUUUUUCAGUCAGAUCAAAUGUGUUAAAGCACCUGCUGUUUGUGCUGCUGUUACAUUUCCUUCUGAGGGUGAACGCUGUCAUCACUCCCUCAGGUUUGCUGCUAAUGUUCCUCAUCUGUGGACUGUAAAUAUAAAUGUAAAUAUGUGUUUUUGUUCAGUGGCUGUGAUUUCCACAUCAUACUGCAGUGAGGAAUAAAUCUUUUUUGCC